AUCCCCUUGAUCUAAAAGGUUUAGGGCUUUUGGGAGUGAUGGGGAUAGACGGCAGCGUCAAGGGGGAGGUUUUGGUGCUCAUUGGGAGGCGCAUUCGCGACGCCGACGUCGAUUCGAUCAUCGUCGACUACAUCAUCAAUGUGCUCCAGGACGACACCUUCGAUUUCGGCAAGUCGGGCGAGAAUGCGUACGAGGCGCUCGGCCCGCUGCUCGUCGAGGCCGAGUGCGUGGCCGACGAUGCUGAAGCGCGAUGGGUUUGCAAGAAGCUCGCUGAGAAAUUCUACCGAGGAAGUAUUGACGAGAACAAACUAUCGGUGCGAAGUCUGGCUGCUCCGGUGCGCAUGUCAGAGGGUCUCCGUAGCUCCGAGGCUGCGGGCACAGCACACCACGAGGAUCUUCUCCCGCAAAUCUCCGAGCGCGACCAGGCAAAGCUCGAGAGGAGGAGGAAAAAAGAAGAACGCCAGAGACGGGCAGACUAUGAAGCGCAUGUUGCUGCAGCGGAUGCCGCAGCUGCUGGGAUGGCUGGUCUUUACGUAACUCACAACACGGACGGAGAUGCCAACGUACCGAAAGAUAUAAGGAUGGAGAACUUCAGCAUCUCUAUGGGCGGAAGGGAGCUCAUCAACAGUGCCUCUGUCACGCUUGCUUAUGGUAGAAGAUAUGGUCUUGUUGGGAGAAACGGGACCGGAAAAACCACGCUUCUCAAGCACAUGGCAAUGCAUGCUAUCGAUGGACUACCAAAGAAUUGUCAGAUCUUACAUGUCGAGCAAGAGGUGGUCGGAAGCUCUACGACAGUUCUGCAGUGCGUCUUGAGCACCGAUAUUGAACGUACGCAGUUGCUCGAAGAGGAGGCGAGCCUGGUUGAUGCAAAGAAAAGUGCAAACGAUACUUCAAGUUCCAAAGAUGCAGCUUCUGAAAGGCUUGCUCAGAUUUACAAGAGGCUGGAACAAAUAGACGCUUACACGGCCGAAUCUCGUGCCGCUUCUAUAUUAGCUGGUUUGAGCUUUACGUCCGAUAUGCAAGUUCGAGAAACUAAGACUUUCUCUGGAGGCUGGCGCAUGCGGAUUGCGUUGGCAAGGGCAUUGUUUAUACAGCCCGACCUUCUACUGCUCGAUGAACCCACGAAUCAUUUGGACCUACACGCAGUAUUGUGGUUAGAGACGUAUCUUUUGAAGUGGCCAAAGACACUUAUCGUUGUGUCCCAUGCUCGAAACUUUCUCAAUGCGGUGGUGACAGACAUACUACAUUUGCACGGGCAAAAGUUAGUCACUUACAAAGGAGAUUAUGACAUAUUUGAGCGGACGCGCGCAGAACGUCUAUCAAAUCAACAGAAGGCACACGAAUCGAAUGAGCGUACUCGAGCGCACAUCCAGGCAUUUGUGGACAAGUUUAGAUACAACGCAAAACGUGCGUCGCUGGUUCAGUCAAGAAUCAAAGCUUUGGAUCGAAUUGGAUACGUGGAUGCUGUUGUGAAUGAUCCAGACUACAAGUUUGAGUUCCCGACUCCAGACGAUCGACCAUCCGGCUCCAUAAUUAGCUUCAGUGAUGCGUCAUUUGGAUAUCCAGGAGGUCCAGUCCUGUUUAGAAACCUGAACUUUGGCCUCGACUUGGACAGUCGCCUAGCUGUUGUUGGUGCUAAUGGUAUUGGGAAGUCAACACUGCUGAAGCUGAUCUCUGGUGAAUUGGAGCCUGUGUCUGGAACUGUCUUUCGGUCUCCAAAGGUGCGCAUGGCUGUUUUUAGUCAGCACCAUGUAGACGGCCUUGACCUUUCGUCAACGCCUCUCCUCUACAUGUCACGUUGUUUCCCUGGUGCCCCAGAGCAGAAGAUUCGCGCUCACUUGGGUUCGUUUGGUCUCUCGGGAAACCUGGCGCUUCAAGCCAUGUAUACUCUAUCAGGUGGGCAAAAGAGUCGUGUCGCUUUUGCAAAAAUCACAUUCAACAAACCACACAUUCUUUUACUGGAUGAGCCUUCAAAUCACCUUGACCUUGACGCCGUGGAAGCACUCAUACAAGGCCUAGCACUCUUUCAGGGAGGAGUUUUAAUGGUGAGCCAUGACGAGCACCUGAUAUCCGGAAGCGUGGACGAGCUCUGGGUUGUGACAGAAGGAAAAGUAUCGCCAUUUCACGGCUCGUUCCAGGACUACAAAAGGACCCUGCGUGUCGCAUGAACAUAACGGAUGUCUUUCGAUCUGAAAUACUCGAACACCUCCAGCGACAAAAUGCAAACGCUUUACAUGAUGAUCGUCUGGAACAUGGCCCGAGAAGAGCCACGACACUGUCUGGACGAGGAUGAGAAAACGUGUGCCACGAAGUGGCUGACCGGCUUGCCAGAGCAAACGCAGCGCGCAAACCUAGAGGACUCGUCUCUUAGAGUCGACUAUGACAAAGUGGCUGCUGGAGCGAUCAAAUUGGGCCUGCUGCUCACGAAGAAUCCAAAAGACUAUUAAGUACGGUGUUCCUCUUUAGAGCGGCUAAACGCGACUUGGCCUAAUUAUUAUUUGUGUUUCAUGCGGAUGGUUCUAUUUCUGACUUCUUGCAAAAUGGACCUUUUUUCAUUGGGA